AUCUGUCUGAACCUGAAGGACAAAGGCUGGGAGUCGGAGUGGAUCGAGGAACAGCUGGUGCCCUACGUGCACGGUGGAGACCAGUGGGCCGGCUACGAGAACACCAGGAGUACCAUCAUCAAGGCCAAGAACAUCCUGAAGCGUGACCUGGCCGGAGCCUUCGUGUGGUCAGUAGAGAUGGACGACUUCCGUGGCUCCUGCGGCAAGGGCGACUACCCGCUGCUGCAUGCCAUCAACGACGUCUUGGGGGAUGAGCCGGUGUCAAAAUCGGCCGCUGGCAGACCUGCAAAUAUGCAAUGGCGACCAGCCUCUAAAGAUAACGGCAUUGACCGCGACGACGAGGAGGAAAACGACGACGAAGGAGAGGAGGAAGAGGAUGAAGACGAAGAGACGACAAGCCCAAGAGUGCAUGCGCCGCGGUUCAGCGGCGAGCUCAAGGAGGGGGCCAAGAGAGCUCUGAGGAUGCGCUUCAAGAAACUCAAGCGCCGCCAGAGGUGGCAACAGAAACGGGCACGGGCUCAGAGGAGGAGGUUCCGGAAGAAGGAGGAGGAUGAGGAGGAUGAGGAAGAAGAGGAAGAGGAGGAAGACAGCAGUGACGAAAUGUCCAGCACGGAAGUGACAACACCAGUAACAACUACUUCUGACGAAAACGUUCUCAAAGUCCGCUGGUGGCCCAGACGGCGAGUCACAAAAGGCAAGAAAUGGUUGCCAAGGAGGCGAACAACAACAGGAAUGACCAGAUUUAGCAGCACCCACAGACCCAGAAAAAUCUGGAGAAAGAGAACUGAAUCUUCCCGCCCCCGAAUGGCUCAGGAGUUUGGCGCAGACGAGGAGGAGGAGCACGAAGUGACGUCAUGGCAGACCACGCCCUGGUGGCAGAGCGGGAACCACAACCUCCGAGCCGCUGCGCACCCUGACAGCGCAUUCAACGCCCGCGCUACGGGAAAACCCGGACUGGGACUUCAGCGGGAGACAACCACAGAGUACAGCGCACCGGAAGUAGAGCACCACGACUCCGCCACUCAGGCUAGUGCAGCCGCCAGUGCCGUCAACUGUAGAAGUCUGGGCGCUGGAACGUUCGCUGACCCGCACGACUGUCACCGGUUCGUCAUCUGUCUGCGCGGUGAUUGGCUGGAUUACCCUCCCCACGUGAUGACGUGUCCCACUGGCACCAAGUUUGACCCCAACCUAGGACUCUGUAACCAUGCCGACGAAGUGGAAUGCUGAGAUGACUGACACCGGACCAAUGAAUGAAUGACUGAUUGCCUCCCCUACAAUUUCCCCCCGAGUUACCGCCCCUGUGACCUCUGACCUCUGACUGAAACAGCCGUACGUAAGGACUGCGCUCUGUACAUCUGUGUACAUACAUCCCUGUACAUACCUAGUUGCUGACUGUACAUAUGCUGAACAUUAAAUGUAUUGGACGAAAACAAA